AUGAUAAUACUGAUAAGAAAAUUGAAAAGCAAACUAGAUGAAUAUAAAAAGGAGGUGGAUGCAUCAGCAAAUCUUUUGAGUACCUACUGUUUGGGAGAAGCCUUAAUUCCAGACACUCCAGAGAUCUUGAAUUUGUCUGCUGAUUUCUCAACUUCCACAUUACACCUAAAGUGGAAUGACAGAGGCUCUGUUUUUCCAUAUCAUUUAAAUGUCAUCUGGGAAAUUAAAAUUCUACGUAAAGAAAAUAUGGAAAUUGUAAAAUUAGUGACCCACAACACAACUGUGAAUGGUAAAGAUACAGUUCAUCACUGGAGUUGGACCUCAGACAUGCCCUUGGAGUGCGCCACUCAUUCUGUGGGAAUUAGAUGCUAUGUUGACGAUCCUCAUUUCUCUGGUCACACAGAGUGGAGUGACUGGAGCCCACUGAAGAAUGUUUCUUGGUCACCUGAUUCUCAGACUAAGGUUUUUCCUCAAGACAAAGUGAUACUUGUAGGCUCAGAUAUAACAUUUUGUUGUGUGACUCAAGAAAAAGUGUUAUCAGCACAGAUUGGCCAAACAAAUUGUCCCCUUAUCCAUCUUGAUGGGGAAAAUGUGGCAAUCAAGAUCCAUAAUAUUUCUGUUUCUGCAAACAGCGGAACAAAUGUGGUUUUCACAACGGAAGAUAACAUAUUUGGGACAGUUAUUUUCGCAGGAU